UUUAUGACCUAAAAAGGUUCAAGAAGAGCAAGUGUGUUGAAGAAAAUAAAUUUACCAUCCACCUUAUGUGGGAGUCUAGUGUAGUUAAGAUGUUUUAAGGAAAAGACUGUAAUUAAACAGUACAUUGCGUCUCAACUGGACUCCUGAAAACAAUGCUUCUGGUGUUUUGAUUGAGGAUAUCCUUUCAAGACGGGACUGUUUUCCUUCACAAGUUCCUGAUUGUUGCUGCUAAUGAGUGAAAGUGAGCGGUUCCCACAGAAGUCCUCUCCUACACACUAGAUUUUGUUGAAACCACUCUCUGGAUCGCAUGCUAAGGAAUAAUGUGUGUUUUUUGAAGAGGAUUUCUGCCUAUUAAACCCAAAAAGCUAAUGACCAACAAUGCUGAAAACCAAUGCCAUUCCUGUAGCUGUUUGGGUAGCAUGUGGAAUAUUGAGUACCACGGUGGUGCAUACACAGCAAUGUAGCAUCAAAAUUGUGAAGGCCAUUUCUACAACAGAAUCUAUAUUAAUCACACUGAAAACUGAAGAUGUGAAAUGUCAAUACACAGUGUCUAUUAGGGGAAGACACAUUGACUCAACAGACUGUCAUCAAGACCAGGACAAUUCCUCACAUUUUGAAUGUAAAGUGGAGAAUUUAGAUCCCGGAACGGGAUACCAUCUGGACAUAAUAUCAAUGAUGCAUGGAAAGCUACAGAUGCAAGAGACUGUGUCACUGCCAACUAGACCAUCAGCGGUGGAAAAUCUCAGCAUUUCUGGAGAUUCAAACAGCUUGGAGGUUUUGUGGCAGUCUGGUCCAGGACAAACAGAGCGAUGUUGGAUUGUUCUCAUAGACAGCAGGGACAUGGAUUCAACAUGGAAUUACACAGUCGCAAGCACAGCCACCUCGUAUGUAAUAACAGGGUUGACAUCUGGACGCCUCUACAAUGUCACUGUCAUAACAGUGGUGGCAGGGCUACAAAAUUCAACAUCUGGACAAGCACAAACAGUUCCCGCUGCUGUCGCUAACCUCCGUGUGGAGAACAAUGGCAGCCAGAACAACCUGCAGGUUUUAUGGGAUAAAGCCUCUGGUGAUGUGGACAGUUAUCUUGUCAGUGUGAUAUCACCUGGUUCAAAGCCCAUUGAGAAAAGCCUCUCCUCAGAUAUUACAGCUGUGAUGAUUCAUGAUCUAAUCCCUGGAAAGGCCUACCAGGUGUCCGUCAAAACCAGGAGUGGAACACUGUCUAAUCAGACAUGGGUCACAGGAAGAACUGCUCCAGGGCAGGUGUCAGAUCUAAUGAUGGAGAACCUGUCUGCUCGUGGAGUUCUGAAGAUCACCUGGACACCUCCUUCAGGACAAUGGGACCAAACCUGUGUGCUGCUCUCAAACGGAAGUGAGAUCCUUGCUAACCAAACGAUGAAUCAAAUGGUGAAGGAAGUGAUCUUGUCAGGGUUAAAUUUGCAGCCUGGCAGAAUGUACAGCGCAGCGGUCAGUGUAGAGAGUGGAGGACUGGCUUCUACCGUCUACUACCAAGGCGAAAUAGCUUUUCCACCAGUAUCCCAGUUACACAUUCGUCACUCUGAUGAGAGCUCCAUUAGUGCUCUAUGGAGUCACGCAGCUGGGUCGUCAUCCCGUGAUGGCUACAUCGUACAGCUUUUUCACAGCAACAGCUCUGCAGUUAUUCAGACUCGAACUUUGAGCCGUGACAUGAGAGAAUGCACCUUUAACGUCAUCACACCCGGUCGUCUGUACCACAUUAUUGUAACCACCACCAGACAAAACCUCCGGAGUUCUGCUACACUCGAGGGACGAACAUUACCGUUGAAGGUGAAUCACCUGAAACUCAGUAACAAGGGACAUACAAACAGUCUGAAUGCCAGCUGGGAGAAACCACAUGGAGAUCUGAAUUACUAUCAUCUGCUGUUGUUGCGGGAAGAUCAGGUGGUCUACAACAUUUCUGUUCCAGCAAACAUCACCUCCACCGUGCUUCAGUUCCUGAAAGCUGGCGCUUUACACAAGUUACUGGUGACCACUGUUAGUGGAACACAAAUCUCCAAACAUGCUGAGGCGGAAUGUCGUACAGUGCCCGCUGCUGUAUCUGACAUCACAGUCACAAAUAAUGCUCCACACUCUCUUAAUGUGUCAUGGAAAGCUGCAGAAGGAGAUGUGGACAGUUAUAUGGUGAUGCUGAAGGACCAGGAGAAGAUCGUACACACUCUCUCUGUGUCUAAAGUGACUACAGAGUGUGUGUUCAGCAGUCUUGUGUCCGGUCGACUGUACACCAUCUUCAUUAGCACACACAGUGGCAGUUACGCAAACCAAACCGUUUUACACCAGAGAACGCAGCCAUCAGCAGUACAGAAUCCCACUGCAAUCCACUCAGCCAGAGAUGACUUCCUCAAAGUCUACUGGAACCACGCAUCUGGAGAUUAUGACUAUUAUGAAGCAGUGAUUGAAUAUAACAGCACACUUCUACAGCAUCAUAAACUGAAUAGAUCACACAGCGAGUGUGUGUUCAGUGAUCUGAUUCCUGGACGUCUCUACGUUGUGACCAUACGCACCUGGAGUGGACACUACAACGCUACCGUUUCUAUACCUGGCCGAACAUUUCCAGGUGCUGUAGGUAAUUUGUCCCUGGCGGAGCGUGGGAGCACAUUUUUGAGACUAAACUGGACGUCUGCUCCAGGAGAUGUUGAUAACUAUGAGGUUCAGAUUUUCUUCAAUGACACACAGGUGUUACCAGCUAAAAAUGUGAGUAGCACAGUGAGGGAGCAUCUCUUCACUGCGCUCACACCAGGACGACUCUACAAGAUUGUGUUGUCGACACACAGCGGGUCAUACCAGCGUGCUGAGAUUGUUGAGGGGCGUACAGUUCCCAGUCAGGUUGAAGCUCUACAUCUCAACGCUGGUACCACAGACGGCAGUCUCACGGUCUCUUGGUCGGCUGGUGAUGGAGAUGUGGACUUCUACUCUGUGUCUCUGUUUGAGGGGACACAUAUUCAGGACAUAAGACAUGUCCCUAAACACAUCACAGAGAUAGAGUUUCACCAGCUGUUCCCUGGUCAACUGUAUUCGGUUACAGUGCAUUCAGUCAGUGGAGAGUUAACAAACGACCGCACAACCAGAGGCAGAACAGUCCCUUCUACAGUCACAGGAGUGCAGACAGAUAAUGUUGAUAGCGUUGACUGUCUGCUGGUCACAUGGAUGUCUGCAGUGGGUGUUUAUGAUGAAAACAGACUGCAGUUAAAAGAUGACAGUGACAGAGUGAUCGCCAAUACCUCUGUGCCCGCUGAUACCAACCGCCAUCUGUUUAAGAGUUUAACUCCGGGCAGCUGGUACAAAGUCUCUGUACAGACCAUCAGUGGCACUGCCAAAAGCAAAGAGCUCACUGUGAAGGGAUUAACACGUCCAGCGGCAGUAUCCGGAUUGCAUUUAAUGUCCAACACGAGCAGUGAACUCUCAUUGCGCUGGACUGCAGCGGCGGGUCAGGUGGACGAGUAUGAGCUGUCUCUGUAUGAUCAGAGUGAAACUCUACAGUCACGCAGGACGCUUGGAGAUGAUGAUCUCAGCUCAUCCUUCACACACCUGCUGCCGGGAACACUCUAUAAGAUCACAGUCAUGAGCAGGAGAGGGACGCUGAGCAGUCAGUCCUCUAUAUGGGCACGCACAGCCCCGGCAUCAGUCAUGGACCUGCAGAUUGUGAAUGAGGGGCGGUCAGAUAGUCUUCUGCUGAGCUGGACUCGUGGUCCUGGAGGACUCAGUGGAUAUGUAGUGUCUUUAGAUGUUUUAGAGCAGAGGUUGGAUCCAGAAUGCACUCAGGUGGUCUUCCAGAGUCUUGUUCCUGGUCGACUGUAUACGGCUACAGUUUUGAGCUACAGUGAAGAUCUGAGCAACACUGCGACGGCAGAAGGCCGCACAGUUCCUGCCCCUCCGUCAUCAAUGACUGUCAACGGAUCAACCGAAUCAGUGGAGAUAACAUGGCAUGCACCCUUGACCGGAGAUUAUGAUGAUUUUGAACUGACAUGGUUUCCUCAAGACAAACUUCAUGUUUCUGGUGUUCAUCUAACCCGACGUAUCCUAGAAGGACUUCAUCCAGGUCGCCUCUACAAUAUCAGCCUACACACUAUCAGCGGAACAACAGAAGGUCCAGUGACAUACAGCACUCCUGUUUAUCACACCAUCAGAACCCCUCCACAGCCGACCCCAAGCAUUCACUGUUAUCCUCUGAGCUCCAACUCUGUGUCCUGCUCAUGGACACCUCCAGAGUCUGAUUACGACUCUUAUGUUGUGGAAUGCCACAAACACGACUCAGAGUCUCCAGUCUAUACAUUCACACUGGGAAACACUGCUCUCUCACAGCAGUUUGACAACCUGGAACCUUUCAAAAACUACAGCAUCUCCAUCAAAGUGAACUCUGGAGACCAGAAGAGUUCAGCUGCAAAGAACAGCGUUAUCACCAUGAUUGACAGGCCGCCUGCUCCACCAGUGUCAGUGCGUGUGAGUGCAAGCGUCAUCACACACUCCACCGUCCUGUUCAAAUUCAACUGCAGCUGGUUCAGUGAUGUAAACGGAGCCAUUCGCUUCUUCACGGUCAUCGUCACUGAGUCACAUGAUAUUGAUUAUAUCCAACCUGAGCAGAGACACCCUCUGCCCUCUUAUCUGGACUACAGACAGAACGGCUCAAUCAAAGCGUACCAGACCGGAUACUUUCACAGUCUCUGUGCUGAGGGAUCUGACAGCAUGAUCCGUGUGUUUGAGAUAAACCUCGGAGCUGGGAUGAAGCGUUUAGGAGGACCUUGUAAAUGGGAUCCAGAAUCUAUCCAGCAUGGACGAAGUCUUUGCGAUGGACCACUCAAACCCAGAACUUCAUAUCGAUUAAGUGUGCGUGCCUUCACUCAGCUGUUUGAUGAAGAAAACAGAGAAUUUGCUCAUCCCCUUUACACUGACAGCUACCUCUCCCACCCAUUGUUAACUCAAUCAGUGUCACGCAACGGGCUCACGGCAGGAAUCACAACCGCUACAUUUCUAAUCACCAUGAUGAUUGCUGUGACCGCUUUACUGAUUUACAGAAAGAGGGUGCACAAAAUAGCGGUGCAGGAAAGUCCAGUGAUGAAGAUGUGUAUGUGGAAGGCAUUGCCCACCUCACAGAUGUGCUCAGGAAUAAAGAGCCCAGUAAGUGCAGCCCACUUUGAGUCCCAUCUUGCUAAACUUCAGGCUGAUUCCAGUUACCUUCUAUCAGAGGAGUUUGAGAACCUAAAGGAUGUGGGAAGGACCCAAACUCAGAGCGCAGCACGUUUACAAUGGAACCGAAGCAAAAACCGAUACAACAAUAUACUGCCUUAUGACUCCUCACGUGUCAGACUGUCUUGCCUGGAGGACGACCCCUGCUCAGACUUCAUCAAUGCAAACUACAUACCUGGCAACAAUUUCAGAUGGGAAUAUAUUGCCACACAAGGGCCUCUUCCUGCUACCAAAGAUGAUUUCUGGCGCAUGGUGUGGGAACAAAAUGUACAUAGCAUUGUUAUGGUGACGCAGUGUGUGGAGAGAGGGAUGGUGAAGUGUGAUCGAUACUGGCCGUUUGACAGUGAGCCGGUGUAUUACGGUGAUGUUGUGGUGCAAAUGCUUUCUGAGAAGAUCUUUCCAGAGUGGACCAUCAGAGACUUCAAGAUAUCAUGUGAGGGUCAGUUGAGAUACCCGUGGAUGGUGCGUCAGUUUCAUUACACCAUUUGGCCGGAUCACGGUGUACCAGACACAACCCAGUCACUGGUUCAGUUUGUGCGGAUUGUCAGAGAUUCCACUGACCGGAUGAGCAGUCCUGGAGUCACUGUAGUACACUGCAGUGCUGGCGUGGGCAGAACUGGCACUUUCAUUGUGCUUGACCGUGUUUUACAGCAGCUAGAAAAGACCUGCACAGUGGAUAUUUACGGCUGUGUGUUUGAUCUGCGCCUGCAUCGGUCGUACAUGGUACAAACUGAGUGUCAGUAUUCAUAUAUCCAUCAGUGUGUCCGUGAUGUUUUGAGGGCCCGUAAACUUUGUUAUGAACAAGAUAAACCUCUUUUCCCCAUCUACAACAACUUAUUAUAAUGAUUUUGUGAAUACAGGAUGUUGAAGACUUUUUCCUUUAUUAAACAAGAACAUUUGAGAAGAAAAUUAUGCAACUUUAAUAAUGCACUAUAGAGAUAUAUCCUUUAUUUUUAUACAACCAUUUCAAGACAUGCAUAUGUACUGCAGACCACAGUUUAUAAUUAAUUUAUGUUUUAAUGAACUUUUAUAUGCUGUAUUAAAUAUAUUCAGGCUGUUGGCACUUACUGGACCAUUUAUUCUUUAGUUGUUUCAAUGUUUAAUGUAUGACAUGAUGAGAGGGUUAUUCUUCUGUAGCUGGGUAAGAAAACUUGUUUUCUAAUAAUAAUCAUUUGCCUAAAUAUAAGACUAACUUAAUUUAGUAUGAGACAUUUGUAGCAUAAAUAUUCUCUAGUGGACUUCCUCAACUUAAACUAAUGUGCUAAUAAAAGAAUACAAAAAAAAAAAAAAAAAUUCUGUCUUGAGGAUUAUUUGAAAUAAGAAGCUACUGUACAUUUUCCUUCAUAUUUGGACUUCUGGUCAUUAUACUAUAAAA